CAGCAAAGAGGAGCUGUGUGGGGUGAAGCAGGGGGAGAGGAGCCCCACGGCAGGAGGGUCUCAGAGCUCCCCUCUGCAUGCAGCAGCAGUUCCGUAUGUGGCUCCCUGGGCUGGUGUGGAUGUGACAGCUCUGCACAAUCCAAGAACCUGUGGCUGCCUGGCACCGUGAGGAGCUUCCCAUUUCACCUGCACUUGGCCAGGGCCGUGGCUGCCCUCGCUGCACCCCCAGCUCCUGAGCAAGAGUGGCCAUACACCUGAGUCACCAUGGGGAAGAUGGACAACACUUCUGUGGAGCUGAGCUCUCCCUCUGAGGUGAAGCAGGCAGCCCUGGAGGACUCAGAGCCAAUUAGCCCCGAGGCCAUGAGCACCAAGAAGAAAAAGAAGGAAAUCCCAGACAGAGGCUCCUGGAAGGGGAGGUUUGACUUCUUGCUGUCCUGCGUGGGCUAUGCCAUCGGGCUGGGCAACGUCUGGCGCUUCCCAUACCUCUGCGGCAAGAACGGAGGAGGGGCCUUCCUCAUCCCCUAUUUCCUGACCCUGGUGUUCGCUGGCAUUCCUCUCUUCCUGCUGGAAACUGCUCUGGGCCAGUAUACCUCUGUUGGAGGGCUGGGAGUCUGGAAAUUAGCUCCUAUGUUUAAAGGAGUGGGGUUAGCAGCUGUGGUUCUCUCCUUCUGGCUGAACAUCUACUACAUUGUCAUCAUUGCCUGGGCUCUCUACUAUCUUUUCAACUCUUUCACCACGGACCUGCCCUGGCAGAGCUGCGGGAACGCCUGGAACACCGACCGCUGCUUCUCCAACUACUCUCUGGAGGACACCACCAACCUCACCAGCGCCGUCACCGAGUUCUGGGAGAGGAACAUGCAUCAGAUGUCUGGGAGCCUAGGGGAACCUGGCACCAUCCGCUGGCCCCUGGCUGGCACCCUGGCCCUGGCCUGGCUGCUGGUCUACUUCUCCAUCUGGAAGGGUGUGGAAUGGACAGGCAAGGUGGUGUAUUUCUCUGCCACCUACCCCUACUUCAUGCUCUUCAUCCUGUUCUUCCGGGGAGUGACUCUGCCGGGAGCCAAGGAGGGGAUCCUCUUCUACCUUACCCCUGACUUCAGGAAGCUCUCUGACUCUGAGGUCUGGAUGGAUGCAGCCACACAGAUCUUCUUCUCCUAUGGCCUGGGGCUGGGCUCCCUGAUUGCUCUAGGGAGCUACAAUACUUUCCACAACAACGUCUACAGAGACUCCAUUAUUGUCUGCUGCAUCAACUCCACCACCAGCAUAUUUGCUGGCUUUGUUAUAUUCUCCAUUGUUGGCUUCAUGUCACACAUCACAAAGAAGUCCAUCUCAGAGCUGGCCUCCUCAGGCCCUGGACUGGCUUUCCUCGCCUACCCGCAGGUGGUCACGCAGCUGCCCCUCUCCCCUCUCUGGUCAAUCCUCUUCUUCUCCAUGCUGAUGAUGUUGGGUCUGGAUAGUCAGUUCUGCACUGUGGAAGGGUUCAUCACAGCCCUGAUGGAUGAGUAUCCUCACCUCCUGAGAGCCAGGAAGAAGAUCUUCAUUGCCAUCGUCUGUUUCAUCUCCUAUCUCAUUGGCUUCUCCAACAUCACCCAGGGUGGCAUUUAUGUCUUCAAGCUGUUUGAUUACUACUCAGCCAGUGGCAUGUGUCUUCUCUUUCUUGUCUUCUUUGAGACCAUCUCAAUUUCCUGGUGUUAUGGUGUGAACAGGUUUUACAGGAACAUUGAAGAAAUGAUUGGCUACAAACCUUGCAUCUGGUGGAAGAUCUGCUGGGCCUUUUUCACUCCUCUUGUCUGCCUGGGGGUGUUCUUCUUCAGUGUGGUGGAAAUGACCCCUCUGACACUGGGAAAAUAUGUUUAUCCUGCGUGGGGACAAGGCAUUGGCUGGCUCAUGGCUCUGUCCUCCAUGGUACUGAUUCCAGGGUACAUGAUGUACUGCUUCUUCACCUCCACGGGGACCCUCCGGCAGCGUUUCCAGCAGAUGACACAGCCCAAGGCAGAGCUGCAGGCUCAGAACAACGGCCUCCAGCCCAGGACAUCCUUGAAUGGGAGGCUCUCGGAUGCUGCUGUCUAGGAUGCUGCCUGGACCUCCUCGCCCUGCCCUGUAGCUUCUUGUGCCACAUUGUCUCUCGAGCUUCUCCAGCACAGCUUGCCCUUCCUAGCUCCACAGUGACUUUUGCUUGCUGAAAGAGGGCCUGGUGGAGGAAUCCUCUCACAUAUCCUCCUCCCAGCCCAGUUUCCCAAGGCCCUGAACGAGCUGCAACCGGGGGUUGGGUGGUGACUGUCUAUGUCCUGCAACAUCCUGCUCCAGGCUCUCAGGGAGGAGCAGCUGCUGCCCAGGUCUUCCUCCUCUUGAUGAGACCUUUCUAAAGAGCUUAGAGUGAUUGCUGACCAAUUCCCUGUCCUGCUUCUUGCCUCCCCAUGUGAACCUCGGCAGAGCAUGGUGUAGAGCACAGCUGUAUUGGCACUGCAGAGAGCCAGCUGGCACAGGUUCAGAUCCCAGGUGCUGGCUGAGCCAGCACAGACCACUCCC